AUGGCUAUAUCUACAUCCACUUCAAUUUCUCUUUCUUCAAAACCCCAUCUUAAGGGUGUUGUAUUUGACAUGGACGGAACCCUAACGGUUCCCGUUAUUGAUUUUCAAGCCAUGUAUAAAGCUGUUCUUGGUCAUGAUGAGUACCUUGCCGUUAAAUCCAAGAACCCUUCUGGCAUUGAUAUUUUGCACCACAUUGAAAAUUGGAGCCCCGAUAAACAACGUAGGGCUUAUGAAAUUAUUGNGGGAUUAAUUGCUUCUCUUGUUAAUUUUUUUUUAUUUGGUGCAGGUGCUGCAGAACUUUGCAGUUUUCUUGAUUCUCAGAAUAUUAGAAGGGGAUUAAUCACUCGAAAUGUCAAAGAUGCAGUUGACUUGUUUCAUAUACGCUUUGGAGUAAAAUUUUCUCCUGCACUGAGCAGGGAAUUUCGUCCUUAUAAACCAGACCCAGCUCCAUUGCUGCAUAUUUGUUCAACUUGGGGAGUUCAAUCUAAUGAAGUAAUAAUGAUUGGGGACAGCCUUAAAGAUGAUGUUGCUUGUGGCAAACGAGCUGGAGCAUUUACUUGCUUGCUCGACGAAACAGGAAGGUAUGAUGCUCCAGAAUAUGCAAACGUCGAACACCAACCGGACUAUAAGGCGUCUUCUCUUGUUGAGGUUCAGUCACUGUUAGAAAGACAUUUUGAGCUGACAUCUUAAUUUUCGCUAAUCUUUGGAACCCCUACCUGGCUGAGCAGCGAGAUAUGGUUUACCUUCGUAAGCCUCAACAUCAUAUUCCUGCACGUAUGUUUCUUUUGGCUACUGUAAGCUUAUAUUAAUCAGAUGCAGCUUUGCUCAAGUGAGCUGGGAUCUUUGAGAUGUCGAUUAAUCGUUUCUCUUUCAAGCCAAAAAUGGGGAAGAUAAGUUUUUGUUUUGCUCUUUGUACAACUGGUGAUUACGAAGUCAUGAGAUCAUAAAUAUAUUUUGAAUGUAGUGUUCUUGUCACCUCUUUGAUUACGAAGGAAGCUCUAGCAACUUAGGUGGCACAGCUCUCUCACUCGCACCCUCCUUUUUCUUCGUCAAAUUCGAACUAUUUUUUUGUAGUAGCUGAAUUUCUUAGGAAUUAGUGUACUCGUUAAUGUAUUCUUAUAAGGUAGGGGUAAGGUCUGCAUACACAAUACCCUCCCAUAUCCCAUUUAUGGGAUUACACCGGUUUAUCGUUGUUGUUGUA